AUGUUUGCGGACAAGUGCGGGUUCGAUCCCGCCUCUUGCGUUUGGAAUGGUGUGAUGAGUCCGGGCACGGCGGCGACGUUGACAGAUUGCCAUGCGGAGUGUGCAUCGGGAGACAGGAUGGGUGACACAUCAUGUUCGUACGACGGCCGUGUGGACCAAUUGGUCUACGGCGUAGAUGUGUUGGGAGGUCCGAGUUCAAGUCUGGUUCAGCAGUUUGAGGUGGCGGAUGCGUGGCAAUGUAUUUCGAAGGUGGUGGAGGGUGAAGUGUUCUUCUUCUGGGCGACGCCUCCUGGGGAGGAUGGUGGGGAGGUGGCUUGCUAUGGAUUAAGUCGAGAGGACUUGGUAUAUUUAGCGACUACACCUGUGCACGCUUUGAAGGAGGGGGAGUGCGACCCAGCCGCCUUCGCCGCGGCUUGUCCGACAGCAGAGAGCUGCAGUCCCUGCUCAGAUGGUGUGCGACGAUGUUGGUGGCGAGACCCACGCAGUGUCAGUGGAAGUGUCCCAGGCGAUGACGCUAAGGCACUGCUCACCACCGCUUGCCAAACUCCAAUUGACCCGAUACUCUGCACCUGGAAUGGCUAUCAAUAUCCACACGAUGAACCUACACUUGCCGCCUGCCAUGACGUCUGUCUCAAGGGUGCAGACUUUACCAACGCACCGCUCUGCAUCUUCGACGGACGCACACAACCUGCACCACCACUUGCACUGUACCGAAACGUCCUGGUUGGGGGACCGGACUCCCGCUAUGUCACCGCCUACCCAGACGCUCAAGACCCGUGGACCUGCAUCGACCGCACCGCCGCCGCUCCGGCCGACAUGUUCAUGUGGCUGGAUACAGCAACCACCACACAGGACCCCAAGGCGGGGGGGUCCCCCUCCGGGGAGUCCCCUUCGGGGGAGUGUUAUGGAAUCGACGCGGCUGGGAUCGACAAGUUGAUCAGCACGCCGUAUGGAUCGUUGGAUGAGGGCGAGUGCGACGACACGCGUUUUCAGGCGGCAUGCGGCGAGUUCGGUCUCAACUGCGACUUCUGCGGCGAUGGGAAGCCACGCUGUAUCUGGAUAGAUGAGACGGUUGUCUCGGGCGGGCUGGACGGGUUGCAGUUCUGGGAUCGGUUGACGGCUGACUGCGCGGCGGACACGACCGGGUUGUGUUACUGGAUAGGUGUGCUUGCGGGAACCCCGGAUGGGCUGGACCUCAGUACCUGUCACGACAACUGCGACAAGGGCCUCCCGCUUGAUAACGACAACUGCGUUGCGGACGGCCGAUUCGAACCCGCGGCCUCGGAUUCCGAGUCUACGACUACGACCACAGACUCUGAGUCCACAGACUCUGAGUCCACAGACUCUGAGUCCACAGACUCUGAGUCCACGACGACAGACGCGACGGCCGACGUGGAGGCGGUGGCGGGCGACCAGGCGAAGACAGUGGAAAGCCAGGUACGGAGUGUGCGUCCUCCACGUGUACCGCGUCCGGCGGGGAUGGAAGAGACGACGGUAUAUCGACAGUUUGUGUUUGGUGGCCCAGGGUCGGCGCACGUUGCGAGUCGAUAUGGCCGUACGUUCUGGGAGUGUCUGUCCUUGAAUGGGUCGGACGGGACGGAGGUGGUGAUGUGGGACGAUCAGCGUGCGGCUUGUUAUUCGAUUUCGCUUGCCGCGGUUCAGCGAUUGGUGGAGACGCCAUUACUUCACUUGGAAUCGGGCGAGUGCGACACGGUGCGUUACGAGGCGGCUUGUGGGCCGCAGGGUUGCAACGUGCUAUGCGGAGCGCAGGACCAAGUGGCGCGUUGCAUCUGGAGAGACCCCGCGUUCUGGACUGGUAAUUUUGAGGGCCUGGCAUUUUGGUCGCACUUCCCACCUUGGUGUGAAACGCUCUUUGACCCACGCUUCUGCGACUGGGUUGGCGCCACCGGCCAAGUCGCUCCCAGCGACCUUCGCGCCUGUCACGAUCAGUGCCUCGCCGGCAACGCCUUCGGUGACAACCGCUGUCUUGCAGACGGCCGCCACACACCUGAACACCGACCACUUUACCCACCCCAGAUUGUUGGCGGGAAACGUAGUUCGCGCGUCGCACACUUCCCCAACGCCACCGACCCCUGGGCCUGUCUCAACACCGUCCUCAACGGCAGCGGGAACGAAACCAGCACCAGUACAAGCACGGUGGCAGUGAGCGAGGCUACAACCGGCAGCGAGGCUACAACCGGCAGCGAGGCUACAACCGGCAGCGAGGCUACAACCGGCAGCGAGGCUACAACCAGCAGUGAGGCUACAACAGCAGCCGAAUCGGACUUUGUGCUAUUCAUGUGGCUCGAGGACGGUUGUUAUGGCGUGCGACGCCGAAACCUGGAGUACCUGUUGCGUACGCCAUUGAAUUACUUGGCGCCACACGAGUGCGAUCUGGACAUGUAUCGAACGGCCUGUGAACGGGCGGACGGUUCUCUGCCUGCAGGCUGCAACCUUUGUGGCGAUCGUAUCCCUCGCUGCUUCUGGACUGCGCCCGGCGGUUCCGGUUCCGGGUCCAGCACUGGAUCCGGCACUGGAUCUGGCGGUUACGUCUGGGACGUGGCGACCGGGUCGGACCCGAUCGGAGGGUCGGACCCGAUCGGAGGGUCGGUGUGGGAGGUGGUCGAGCAGUUAUGUGCGGCAGGUCCAUACGAUUUGUGUCAGUGGGUGGCAAUUCCGAGUGCCGGCGGGCCAUGGUGGGCGGUCGCGGGUUGUCAUGAGCGCUGUGUUCAAGGUGCAGUUUUGAAUGCAGGUGGCGCCUUCUCCGACGCGUGUGUCCGUGACGGGCGGCAAGAGCCCGAGCCCGCGGCACCUGUCUUCCGUCCGGUCGCGGUCGGCGGCGCGGCGUCUGUGUUAGCGCGAAGUCUUGAGGCGACAAAACCUUGGGACUGUGUGCGCGAAGUCUAUGCCGAUGCCACACUGGCCACCUUUACUUACGACACGGACACGGGCCAUUGCUACGGCCUAAGUCGCGACGCACUCACUUACCUACUCACCACGCCACUGCAACGUCUCGCACCCGGCGAGUGCGACCUCGACACCUACCGCCAGGUUUGCGGGGACCCGGACACGAGACUAGAUCAAAGUGAGAUUCAAGAAGACGGGAGUCAAGACCAGACGACGUGCGACUUGUGCGGUGAUGGGGUGCGACGAUGUGCGUGGCGCGAUGAACGGGUGGUCACGGGUUCACGAUUGGGCGAGGAACUCUGGACGAGAGAGUUGCCGAGUGAUUGCGCAAAGCCGUUCGACCCGGCAUAUUGCGCCUUCGUUGGACUGACAGGUAAGGCUGAUUCGACGGCGGAGACGCAGUGUCACGAGGAGUGUGUGGCCGGACUGUGGCCCUACUCCGUCGCGGGAUGCGUGACUGACGGCGUGGGGCGUCAGAUAUAUCGGCACUACGUCGUUGGGGGGUUGGCGAGCGAAAAACUGGCACCUCUCGACGCCGCGGACCCUUGGAACUGUCUUAACUUUGCACGCACAAACGCCACCGCUAUGGCCUUCUGGAAUACGCGCGACCUAACGUGCUAUGGCCUUGCGACCGAGGACUUCGAGUAUUACACAAACACCCCAUUAACGCUUGUACCCGAACCGCUCUGUUUUGCACCCGCCGAAUGCAAGGCCUUCGGCUUCCAACAGGAGCCGUCAACCAAGACCAAAGCCCCGGCCACUGCCGCCGUCGUCCCCGCCACCGCCAACGUUGAUGCGCAGUCUCAAGUCGGGUCAGUCACGGAGUGCGACUAUUACUGCAACCUGGCCGGUGACUUUCGACGUUGUAUGUGGUUGGAUGAGGGUGUUAUCAGUGGCGGACCUGGUGGCGUCUCCUUCUGGACAAGAUUCGGUUGCGGCUCAAUUGUAGAUGAAGCGCUGUGUUCGUGGAGUGGUCAGGUCUUCGAGGGACCGGCAGAGUUGGAGAUCUGUCAUGCGGCCUGUCUCUCGGCCGCAACUUUUUUGAGCGAGAUUCCGGGCUGCGUGCAAGACGGACGUUCGGAACCAACGAUGGACUCGCCAGUCUACCUACCGCUAGUCUUUGGCGGUACAGAGUCUAGUCUGGUGCAGGCUUUUUCCAAGGCAAAGACUCCUUGGGAUUGCAUUUUCAACACCCUGAAUAUGGACGAGGACGUAGCCAUCUUCAUGUGGAAUGUCAAGACCGGCAGCUGCUCGGGACUUAGCGAAACGAAUGUGGCCAAACUGCUGGCUACACCUCUUGUCUUUCUUGCGGACGGCGAAUGCGACCGGACAGAAUACGAUAGCAUCUGCUCUCUCGAUGGUUCGGGCGUGGCCACGGCCGCAGCGGAGUGCCAAGUGUGCGAUGACCCCGCGCCCCGAUGCGUCUGGCGCAGCGAGGACGUCGUCAGCGGCGCGCGCGACCGCGAAACGCUCGAGCGCUACCUACUCACCGGCUGCACCGCCACUAACCCCGCCCAACACUGCGACUGGGUCACCCUGGACUCGUACCUGGCCGUGAACAAGGGCCCAGAUCGGAAGUCAAACUCGACCACUGCGGUUAUGAAAUCCACUAUGAAUGCCACUAUGCUUAUGACCACCAAUGCAGUGGACCAAUUGGUGGCGUGUCACGAGGCGUGUGUGCAGGGUAUCGCGUGCCCGACCGGCUGCCGCUACGACGGACGCGACGACUUGUUCGGACACGUAGUGGUGGGUGGCGUAGGUUCAAGUCUUAUGGUGCCGCUGCAGGCCGACUCGCCCUGGGCAUGUGUGCGGGCGGCGGCGGCGCAGCAGCUGUACUAUGCCCUUUGGGACGGCGCCUGCCGCGGCCUGAGUGAGGCGGACCAUGAUUUGUUGAUUCAGACGCCGCUGCUCUUUCUGCCGGAGGGUGUCUGCGACAUGGUUGCCCGCGAGGCUGCUUGCACCGACGGCUGCGAUCUUUGCGAUGACGGGUCAGCACGCUGCGUCUGGCUGAGCCCGGCCAUCGAGGGGGACAACACUGGGGGGGACACGACGACGACCACCAUCCCGGGGGGGGAAAUCACCUCCGGGGAGAUCACCACCGGAGGGGAUAGCAUCCCUGUAGUCUACACGGCAUAUUCGGCGUACGCUACGGGCGAGCCGGUGGCGUCGAUCGUGGCGGCGGCGUGUGCGGUGCCGCUGGACCCCGCACGGUGUGCAUGGGUAGGGCACACGGGUUACGAAGCGGCGGCGGCGGCUGCGUGUCGUACGGCGUGUUUGGCAGGUGGUGCGUGGUCGGAGGAGUGCGUGCUCGACGGACGCACAACCCCCGCUGAUGCGCCGCUCUUCCUCCCACUGGCGCUGGGCGGUCGUGGCUCGGCCUUGGCGACCCCGGUGCCCGAGGCCGACAACGUAUGGGACUGUCUGCAGUUGCCGCUGCAGCCUCGAGCAGAGGGCGAGCCGGCGCUGUUGAGCACCUGGUACGGCGAUCAAUGUCUGACACUCGAGGAACCCGCCGUCCGUCGCCUGCUUGGUACGCCACGCAGCUAUCUGGACACCGGCGAGUGCGACAAAGAGGGACUGAAGGAGGGGGAGGAGGACGUCUGUCUUGACGGCGUCGACCGCUGCCUCGGUACCGCCCAAGCGGCACCCGAAACGGACGCCCAGGCCGGGCCGGGAAUGGCGUUCUCGGCGGGGCCUCGGUUCCUGUUGGAUUGGUUGCGUGGAUUCUGCGAGAUCGAGUUGGACUGCAGCUACGUCUCGACCACGGCUGCCCUGAGCGGCGGGUUUGCGGACGUGGACGCGUUCCGCACAAAAUUGGAGAAAUGUCGCACAGCGUGUCUCGAACGCGCGGCCUUUGGGAGUGAAGAGUGUGUGUUAGACGGGCGCCAGGCAGGGACGUAUCGGGCAGUGACAUUUGGGGGUGCCGGACGGACGCACACGGUGGCGGACGCGGGAGAGUGUUUCUCGAGGUUGCUGGACGCGGAAGUAGCGGUCGCGAGCUUCGACGUCGCGAGAAGUGUGUGUAGCACAUUCGACGCACAUGCGCUCGAACAUUUGACGCGCACGCCUGUGGCCUUCACAAACGCCCUGUGCGAUCGCGCGGCCUUCCUCGAAACCUGCGGCGACGACGGCGCCGCCUGUGCCGCAGACGACGCACUCCACACGACCUGCGCCGCUGCCGGCCGUCGCUGCCUCUGGCCGAACGCAGACGUCUGGACAGGCGCCGCGGCGUGGCCGGCAGUCGCCGACCUCUGUGCCGCAGACACACCAGCCCUCUGCGACUGGGCUGCCGUCGACGUCUUCGCAAGCGAUGAGGCUGCAAGUACUGCGGAAAAGAGUACGCCAAGUAGUACGGGAAGUACCGGCGCGAGCAAGAUGGCGGGAAACCUGCAGAAGUGUCAUGAGGAGUGCGUGGCCGAGCGGCCGGUGACGAGUGUGACAGGCUGCCAUUACGACGGUCGCGAAGUGGGUGCGUAUCGGUCGCUUUGGGUCGGCGGUGCGCAAUCGAGUUUGUUGCAGCGCUUUAACGCGACGCAGAGUCAGUGGGAGUGUUUCGCGAACCCGGCGGCGUACCUCGGUUUCUACGUCCCUCCGGCAGAGGAGGUCACAGAGGAGACCGGAGAGGUCGGGGGAGUGUGUUACGGUUUGGCGGAGACGGACUUGGAGAAGUUGUUGACGACGCCGUACGAGGAGUUGGCGGCGGGUGAGUGUGACGGAUCUGCUUUCCGCGCGAGUUGUCCGGUAUUGGAGGUUUGUGCGACGUGUGGUGGAAGUUGGAGUCGAGUUCACCGUUGCAUGUGGGCCGGCGGCGGCGACGACGUGUCCGGGAGUGCAGUGCGUGCAGGAACGGGCAGUUUGGAGGUGUGGGAGCGCCUGCUAUCGUCGUGUGCGGAGUGUGUAUACGCCUGCAACUGGACUGGGUUGGACCCCGAAGCUGGAGAGGAGGGCACUGUGUCAGCGCUGGAUGAGUGUCACGCGUCAUGUGCACGUAAUGAGGUGAGCACACACGCGUGUCUGAACGACGCGCGCACACAGACCUUCACGAACUUGGUGUUUGGCGGCCCCGGGAGUGUUUUGGUUGAGAAGGUACCGGCGACGACAGCGUGGGAGUGUGUUCGACAGCAUGUUUCGACGGAACAUUUCGUCUUCCAGUGGACGGGCGGCGAGUGUCUUUCCCUGAGCCAGAAGGCAUGGGAGCGACUCACGACCACACCCGUGGCGGCUCUGAACCCCGGUGAGUGUGACACCGCAACGUACUUGCCCGACGCCACCUGCGGACAAACCGUUGCGUUCUGCGUCUGGACCGACCCACAAAUCGUUAGUGGCAGUCCGUUACGAAACAUCAGAACCGAAAUGCAGACCCGCUGCAACUGCGGCUCCGCCUGCAAUCUUCCACAGUGCGCCUUCGUCGGGGUCACGCGAGACUCCGACCAAGUUACAUUAGAAAGUUGUCUUCGCGACUGCACUCGCGGCGUGGGACCAACCGACCCGCGCUGCGUCUUCGACGGGCGCCAAGACGCAGACACCAAGGCGGAGACCAAGGCGGAGACCAAGGCGGAGGCACGCUCGGCGGAGAAAGGUGCCCCGAGACGGGCUGCAGAGACCGUCUUAGAGACGACGAAAGUCGAAACCGAUAGCGAGUUGACACAGGCGGCGGAGGCGUACGUGACGGCGGCGGAGACGAGGGACGUGUACCGGCACAAAGUGUUUGGUGGGAUGCAGUCGUCAUUGAUGAAGACGGCACCGGCGACGUCAUUGCUAGAUUGUCUACUGUUCUCAUAUCGCGACUCAGAGGUCAAGGGUUUUUGGAGCUUCAGAGCGACCACGGGUGAGUGCAAGUACCUAUCGGGCGUGAACCUGUUGUACCUGCAGCGGACGCCGUUGGCGCAGCUGCAGGCCGGCGAGUGCGACUUGGAUGAGUACCAAAAAUUUUGCGCGAACGCGGACGACUGCGACUUUUGUGGCGACGGCGUCGAACGCUGCGUAUGGACCGACCCUUCGCUCUGGACCGGGCGCGACAGCGCGCUCGAGACUUGGGCCAGUUUAGACGCAUGCUACGCGGCAAGCGCUGGCUGCGAUUUUGUCGGACUUGUGCAACGACCCAGCGUUGAUGCUAGCACGCAAUGUUACAAUGAAUGUGUGCAAACACCCAGUGGGACUGAGACGUCUGUGGCGGAGAGUGAUACGGCGGGUGACUGUAGAUAUGACGGCCGGGACACAGUGUACCGUCACUACGUGGUGGGGGGGAUGAACUCAGUGUUGGGUACGUUAAAGACGAACGUGACAGUGUACGAUUGUAUGAUGGAGCAAUUCGGAGGGAAGGGCUACUUCCUGCACAAUGGCACGGCGUGCCGCAUUUUCAACCAGACCGAGUUCGAGCGGUUGGUGACCACGCCAAUCGCGGAAUUGCCGGCGGGCGAGUGCGACUCGGAUGAGUACACUGCACGCUGUCCGACGAACGACGCGUUACGGAGUGAAUGUGACCUCUGUGGCGCAGGCCGUUGCGUUUUCCGCGACCCCGCCAUUUGGGCAGGUCGGGAUGCAGCCGCAGAGACCUGGGCGAGUUUGGACACUCUUUGUGCCACGAAUAAGAGCGAUGGGGGCCGCAGCAAGGCCUGGGCCUGGUGGGUCGCGGGUCUGGUCGCCCUCCUGCUGCUCUUACUGCUCUUGCUCGCGCUCUGGUGGUGCUACCGACAACGACGAUCCGGAACGCGAGAGGCGUCCGUCUGGCCGCUGCAACGUGCAGAUACGGACCCAGAUCGGGCCUUCGACCCCAGCAGUUUAGACUCUGGACUCAGUUCCGAAAGCGACAUAGUCAUCGAUCAACAUCUCGUGGGGCAGGAAGAAACUAUCAGAAACAGUCUCAGACCUUUCGGUUCAAGCCAACACGACUCCCAGCCUCGCGGGUCUAAUCGCUUCACUCUCAACACCGACCAAGGCAGGUCUAGGCAGCGAGAGUCCACGCCACCCGGGGUCUUACCAAACGCGUCUCCACCGGAACUAGUGCCCCUGUCCGCACCGCCAGGGCUUAAUAACAAUGUCUUCCUGGCACCUCCAGGCGCGGCGCCACCGGCCGCCUCUUCACCGCCAGCCUCUUGA